AUGGCCGGAGAAAUCAGUGGGAAAGUCUCUUCACUGACGCUGGAGGAUCUGGGGAAGAGCAAGAACCCGAUGGACUUCUAUCGACAACACAUCGCCGAGAAGCUUGCUCCUAUAGUCAACCGACCAGCAGCCGAAAUCGUACCUUUAAUCCAAUGGACGAUAACUUUAGACAAGGGAGAUUUCACUCUGGCUGUGCCUGCAUUGAGGGUCAAGGGCAAACCUCCGCAAGACCUGGCAAAGGAGAUUGUCGAAGCAUUUCCCUCGACAGAAGACACUUUUGUCACGGUGUCCCAGGCUGGUCCCUUUGUACAGUUUUUUGCCAAACCUCAACAUCUGAUCAACUUGACAAUCCCCGAAAUCCUAACCAACACGAGGGCAUAUGGCUGCAACCCGGCCCCUGGCCUGAAAGACCCGUCAGAUCCGUCGAAGGGCCGAAAGAAAAUCAUUGUCGAGUUCUCAUCACCCAACAUUGCCAAAGAAUUCCACGCGGGCCACCUCCGGAGUACCAUCAUCGGUGGUUUCCUGGCAAAACUGUAUCAACGCAUGGGCUGGGACGUCCUCAAAAUGAAUUACCUGGGAGACUGGGGCAAACAGUACGGCCUGCUAGCCAACGGGUUCAAGCAAUUUGGCAGCCAAGAGGAAUUGGACAAAAACUCAAUUGCGCACUUGUUUUACGUCUACGUUGAAAUAAACAAGAUAAAAUCCGCCCAGGACGAGCCCAUUAAUGAGUUGAAGAAGGAGAUCAAGGAGAAAAAGGACAAGGGAGAAGAUGUGUCAGCACUGGAAGCAAAGCUUGCACCUCUUGUGGAAGAAAGCGAGGAUGAGAAGGCCCGGAAAUAUUUCAAGAGCAUGGAGGAAGGAGACCCCGAGGCUUUGGCACUGUGGCAGAAGUUUCGGGAUAUGAGCAUCAAAAAAUACCAGAACACAUAUGCCCGGUUGAACAUUGAGUUUGAUGUAUAUUCUGGUGAGUCGCAGGUGAAGGCUGAGACAAUCAAGCGAGUCCUGGAUAGCCUUCUGGCACAGAAGAUCGCAGAGUAUUCGGAUGGUGCGAUCCUGAUUGAUUUUGCCAAACAUGGCGCCAAGAAGCUCAACAAAGCAAUAAUCGUGCGAAAGGACGGCACACCGCUGUACCUUACCCGAGACCUGGCAGCGAUUUUGGAGCGAUACGACGAGUACCAUUUUGACAAGAUGAUAUACGUGGUCGCGGACCAGCAGAACGAACAUCUUGCACAACUGUUCAAGACCACCGAGAUCAGCGGGCAUAAAGAAGUGGCAGAAAAGUGCGAGCAUAUCUCCUUCGGCAUGGUGAAGGGCAUGAGUACCCGGAAAGGUACGGUCAAGUUUCUGGACGACAUCAUCCAGACGGUCAAGGACACCAUGCUCGAAGUGAUGAAGAAGAACGAUCAGAAAUAUGCCCAGCUGGAUGACCCCGAAGCAGUUGCCGAUGUGCUGGCCAUUACUGCAAUCAUGGUGCAGGAUUUGCAGGGCAAGGUUCGGAAUGGGUAUGAAUUCAACAUCAACCAGAUGACGGCGUUCGAGGGAGACACAGGUCCGUACUUGCAGUACGCGCAUGCGCGAUUGUGUUCGAUUGAACGAAAGGCCAAUGCAGACCUGAGUGCUUUGAGCUCUGCGGACCUUUCCUUGUUGAAAGAAACCCACGCCAUCAAUCUGGCUCGGUCGCUGGCACAGUGGCCGGAUGUGGUGCUCAAUACGCUCAAGACUCGAGAACCCGCCACUGUCCUCACUUAUCUGUUCAAGAUGGCGCAUGCGCUGAGUUCAAGCUACGACCAUUUACAAGUGGUGGGCAGCGAACCUGAGCUGCAGAAGGCUCGAUUGGCACUGUACGAGGCUGCCCGACAGGUGCUAUGGAAUGGCAUGACUCUAUUGGGGUUAUCCCCGGUGGAGAGGAUGUAA